AUGUACAAAUCUGAAACUCAGAUACAUGAUAUGAUGUAUGCGUCAUUGCAAUUGGCUGCCCAGGCAGUGGCAUUUCAUUUGCUAAGGAUUGUGGGAUUACGGCCCACUGCCCAAGUUGCCUAUAUAAGUGAUGGGAAAUGGAGCAAUGUGAAGCCUCGACUGACUCAUAGCAGAGAGCUUGAAAUGAAGACGACUCUCCAAGAACUAUUGAUCUACAUAAUUUUUCUAACUGAUCUAUGUAUAUUGACAUUUGGGAUGGUUAGCACAGAUAUGUAUUACCUAAACAGAGUAAUGGCCAAUCUCUUCUUGGAAACGCCCCUCUCAGAGAAAGAUAAGACAAUCUUCAAAACGAUGGGCAGCAUCACCGACUUUUGGGAGUUUUUAGAAGGCCCACUUCUGGAUGGGCUUUAUUGGAACACCUGGUAUACUGAAAAUUCCACAAGUACCUACAGAAACAGUAGCCAUAUCUACUAUGAGAACUUACUCCUUGGAGUAGCUCAGAUCCGGCAAUUGAAAGUCCGUAACAACACUUGCUCCGUUUACCCUUCUUUUCGUGCAUUUAUGAGAGAAUGCUACGGGAAGUAUAGCUACAACCAUGAAGACAGAGAAAGCUUUGGCUUUAAAAAUGAUACUGCGUGGCACUACUACACUUCUGCUACUCUAGCUCCCUGGCAUUGGGGCCUUAUUGGCCUAUAUAAUACCGGAGGAUUUAUGUUCAUCCUGAGUAAAUCAAAGAACCAAAGUUUACAUAUGGUGACCUUCCUCAAGGAACACAGCUGGAUCACCCGAGGAACAAGGGUUGUCUUCAUUGAUUUUUCAAUGUACAAUGCUAAUGUUAACCUCUUCUGCAUAGUCAGGCUGACUAUGGAGUUUCCUGCAACAGGUGGCAUAAUCCCUUCUUGGCAGUUCCACUCUGUAAAACUUCUCAGAUACGUCACCUAUUAUGAUUAUUUUCUAGCCUCCUGCGAAGUCAUCUUCUGUCUUUUCAUCUUCACAUUCCUCAUUCAAGAGUUUAUAAAAAUGCGGAAACUGAAAGGAGAUUAUUUUAGAAAUGCUUGGAAUUGGCUGGAUAUGUUAUUGCUCUUGGUAAGUUUCAGCAUUUCCAUGACAUUGAUAUUGGAUACAAGUAGAGAUGUCUCCAGAAUUGGUGACAAGGAUCUCAUGAGGCAUCAGAUUUCUUCUGGACAGUAUGACACAGUUUCUGCAAGGGACUUUCAGAGAGUGACUAACCAGUUUUCUUCUGGUUUUUCGGAAUUUUAUGCCGAAUGGGUAGCUAUCAGCUUCACCAAGGCAAAAAUUCCAAAACUCCCUCAAUCUCCUUUGUUAUUUUGUUUUAGACUUUCUAGAUAUGCAGAGGAUUUGGAAAGACAACUGAAGGAGGUAAAUUAUAAGCUGGACACAGUUAUGAGAACUCUCCCUCCAACUCAAUACCAACAGAUGAACUAGCAAGAGGUGAGGAUUUGUUCUAAUAUUGGCCCCUG